GACAUUUAAUCCAGUCUAUUACCAAAUAAUCUUGUUCAGGAUUUCCUGCUGUCAGUCUUAAAAAUUAAACUGACAAUCUCAGUUAAAGUAGUAUGACCGGUAAAAACAAAAUCAUGGACAUUUCUGAGCUGAAUAUAUUAACAAGAUCUAUUUCAAAAGAACUUGAAUGCACAGGAUUCGAAGUUAAACCCUUCAAGAUUGGAUGGUAUAAUGAUAAAGUGGAUAAAAGAUUUAUACUGCCAGAGACCUAUGAUACAAUUGGAUAUUUGAUCAUUAGUACCCCUUCUAUGUUUGAGAAUGCUUUCUUACCAUUUAUCAGCAGACAAGAAUGUACUGGUGUCAAAGAUCCAUUAGAUCAGUGUGUGGCUCAUUAUUUCCAACAGAUUAAACAGAAAUUUCCCAAUUUCGACAUAGAAUCAAUACACGACUAUGAGCUUCAUCCAAACCACAGACCCAAAGUUUUGGUGCAGACUGUAGCCCAUGUCUCUGGGGCGGCUUAUUUUUAUCAAAGAUCAGAUGUUUCUGAAGAUCCUUGGGACACAAAAAAGAAGAUGUGUGGCGUCUGUAUUCAUCCACAAUAUGGAGGCUGGUUUGCCCUACGAGGAGUUCUUAUAUUUAAAAACAUUGAAUGUCCAAGUCUCAUACAAGAAAACCCAAUAGAUAUCAUUUCAACUCGUGAAAAGAGAAUAGAACUUUUGGAAAAGUUUAAUUAUUGUUGGCAAGACUGGACUUACAGAGAUCUAACAGAAACCAUUGAAAAAUAUUCUGAAGACCAAAAACAAUAUUUCGCCACUCUUCCUAAAGAUAGAAAAGAACUAAUUUUAUCUCUGAAGAGUAAAAUAAAAUUACAAAGUGAAGAAAUUAGAGGAUCGUAAAAAUUGUUCUUUUAUAUAUAAACAUUUAAAUUAUCAUAUUUUGUUUCACCUUUUUACAAGGGUUAUUCUUGUAUGUUAAAUCGUCAGAAGAUUUUAUUUGAUGCUUUUUUAAACUGUUAACUUUGUUAAAUUUUGUGGCAUAUUGAAAUGGCUUAUAUAUUUUUUAAGUUAAACAUCAAGUAGAUUUUAAUUUUAGCAGACAAGCAAGUGAUAUGGCGUUGUAUUAUAUUCAAUAUUCGUCAAUGCGUUUGCCUAGGUUAAAUCUUGAUGCAUCAAGUUGAGAUGUAACAUUUUAUUGAUAAAUGUAGUUCUUUUCAAAUAUAUAUGUUAUUUUUUAUUUGUUUAUCACAAAUCAUUUUGUACUGGUUAAAAAAACAACCUUUAUAUAUUAUAUUAGAGGGAUUUGUUCUAAAAUAAAUUCAACCAUUAAUUUAUUGAUUAUGAAAUAGGAAUAAAUAUAUUUUGAUA